AUGUUGGCCCUCUUGGAUAUCAGUGGAAUGAAUGCUCUAUUCUACGCAGUAGAUGGCGAGUAUGCAAAUGUUGUGCGCGUCCUUUGCAAAGCCGAUUGUAACGUCAAUCAACAAGACAAUGACAAUGGUUGGACGCCACUAAUUCGAUUGGGUGAGAAUGAGCUGACAGUGCAAAUUUCACUACCUUUAUAA